AUGAUUUCCGCUAACUUAUUGGCCACCGCUGCUGCCAUCGUUUCCUUUUACGCCUCAUCGGCUAAGGCUGCUAACUACGCAACCUACCCAUCUGUUGCUCAUACUGCUACGAUCAAUGGUUUCGCUGACCCAAUUUACGGUCAGCUUCCAGAAUGUGCCAAGUCUUGUGUCGAAGAAGACACUGACAGCACCCCAUGUCCAUACUGGGAUCCCGGUUGUCUUUGUGUUAUGUCCAACUGGGGUGCUCCAGUUGCUGAAUGUAUUGCUGAAAGCUGUAAGGGUAGCGAUGUUUCUGAUGCUGCUGGCUUAGCUACCUCUAUCUGUUCCAGUGCUGGUGUUCCAAGCCCAUACUGGUACAUCCCAGCCAGUGACUCGGCUGCUUUAUCUUCUGCUGCCGAAGCCACUGCCACUGAAGACGCUUCCUCUUCUGCUGCGGAAACUUCUGCUGCUGAAACUUCUGCUGCUGAAACCUCUGCCCCUGCUGAAACCUCUGCUCCUGCUGAAACCUCUGCUCCUGCUGAAACCUCUGCUCCUGCUGAAACUUCUGCCCCAGAAACUUCUGCUCCUGUUGAAACCUCUGCUCCAGCUGAAACUUCUGCUCCUGCUGAAUCUGCUUCUGCUCCAGUUGAAUCCGCUUCUGCUACUGAUGCUCCAGAAGUUGAAGCUCAAGAAAACUCCGCUGUUUUCAACGUUCCGGGCCCAGCUUUAAUUGCUCUUUCCGCAAUUUCUUUUGCUGCUUUUUACUUCUAA